CUCGCUGGCCAGCCCCGGUGACCGCCCCGGAGGCUCCUUGACGCGAGCAGGGCAGCGCCCUGGGGACCGAAACAGCCUCACAGGGACAAAAGAGAAGAACACAAUGGAAAAUACGCUGUUUUGGUUGAUAUUUUUCACCCUUGGGUGCACCCUCAUCAAUGGAUCAGAGAUGGAACAGGAUCUUACGUGGCGUUUGAGAAAAGUACCCCGGGUUGUCAGCGAAAGAACUUUCCACCUCACCAGCCCCACGUUUGAGGCCGACGCCAAGACGGUGUUAAAGAAAGUGUGUGGCAUUGAGUGCCGACGACAGCUCCCAGCCCCCAGCCUUUCCGACCUGGAAGAGUCCCUUUCCUACGAGACCGUCUUUGAGAACGGCACCCGGACCUUGACCAGGGUGAAAGUUCAAGGCCUGGACCUUGAGCCAACUCCAAAUACCACCGCGAGGGGGGCGCCUGUUCGGAGAAAGAGGCAGGUGUACGGCACGGACAGCAGGUUCAGCAUCCUGGACAAGCGCUUCUUAACCAGCUUCCCCUUCAGCACGGCGGUGAAGCUGUCCACGGGCUGCAGCGGCGUCCUGGUCUCCCCCAGGCACGUGCUCACGGCGGCCCACUGCGUCCACGACGGGAAGGACUACGUGAGGGGCAGUCAGAAGCUGAGGGUGGGGCUGCUGAAGGUGAGGAACAGAGGCGGCGGCAAGAAACGCAGGGCUUCCCGGAGGAGCCGGAGAGGCGCGGCCGCGGGCAGGCCCUCCUUCCAGUGGACCCGGGUCAGGAACACCCACGUUCCCAGAGGCUGGGCCGCAGGCCCCGGCGGGGACGCCGCCCUGGACUACGACUACGCCCUCCUGGAGCUGAAGCGCGCGCACAAGAAGCGGUACAUGGAGCUGGGCGUGAGCCCGGCGCUCGGGAAGCUCCCCGGCGGCAUGAUCCACUUCUCGGGCUUCGAUCACGACCGGGCGGACCAGCUGGUCUACCGGUUCUGCAGCGUGUCCGACGAGUCCAGCGAUCUGCUCUAUCAGUACUGCGACGCCGAGUCGGGCUCCACCGGCUCCGGCGUCUACCUGCGCCUGAGAGAGCCCGAGAAGAAGAACUGGAAGCGCAAAAUCAUCGCGGUGUACUCGGGCCACCAGUGGGUGGACGUGGCCGGCGCGCAGAAGGACUACAACGUGGCCGUGCGCAUCACCCCGCUCAAGUACGCGCAGCUGUGCCGCUGGAUCCGCGGGGACCGCGCCGACUGCGCCUACGGGUAACGCGACCCGGCCGGCGACGGGGCAAAUCCCCCUCGGGACCGGUCCUGGCUACUGUAGCAAGAGCACGUCCCGGGGUAUGCCUGGACUUGAACUCGUCUUAGUAGCAUUUCGACAUUCCUAUUAAGUUACUUUUUUAAAAUUAGGAGAUGUUCCUACAUUUAAAAACUGUUUAGGUCAAGAUAUGGACACUAGGAUGGGCGUUUCAAUGCCAAGCGUAUAUUCUUCUUUACAUGGUCGUAAGUUUGGUUUGUGGGGGGGGGGAAAUGGUUUGUUUCUGCCUUCUUAAAAAUUAGACACUCAUUUACCACUUCAAGCCGGUACUAUAAAUAAUGUGAUUUCUCAAUGGACUUAUUCUCAGGGUCCUACUCUAAGAAGAAUCUAAUAGCAUGUCGGUUACAUGUUAAGUGUGAAACUGCAUAGACACAGGUAGUCAGUAAAAUUUAAAAUCGAGUUGGAGACAAAAAUUUACAACAGCACUACUCUGAGAUGGACCCAUUCAGUUCAUGACUCAGUGUUUAUAUUAUUUUCUCUUGGGUCUGAGAAAAUUAAAAAAAAUUUUUUUUUAAGAAUUAUAAGGAAUAGCUUUAUCAACCAAACUAUCAACUAUUUUACUGCUUUGAAAAAUAUCAACUGAAGUGUGUAUUAUUUAAAAUGGGAAAAAUGCUUCGUCCUAUGAAAUAAAUUUAGUUUAAAAAAUAGGGAAGCUGAGAUUUUUUUAAGAUCUCAAGCUUUUAUUUAACUAGAAUUCCAACCAUGGACUUUCCAUGCAUGCGUAGGGGAGACAGCUCAACAGUUGUAGGUGAUCACUUGUUGAAAGGCACAUCAUUUUAUGCUACACAAUAUCCUAUGUAUUUUUAGGACAAGCUAUUCUUGUCUUUUUCAAGAGAGCCCUUUUUCCCCCUUGACAAAAUUCAGUUUUCCAUGUAGGGCCGUAGGCAGAUUAUUUUGGCAAAUUCUCUGAUUAGUAAUUUUAAGUAACUUCCUUAAAAUAAAUAUGAUUUAAGAAUAAUUUUUAAAAGAAGGUUCUGAUGAUUUUCAUUAGGGACCAAGGCAGUUCGCUGACUCUGGCCAUUAUGGCAGCCUCAGCCGACAGAGAGAGUCCAGUGGCUGCCCUGGGGCACUUGCUACAUAUUUCCUGAAUGAACAGAUAUAUUUUAGCUGAAUGGCCGUAAAAGGGCAUUAGUUCAGGCUCUUAUUUUUAUUUUUUAAAUCCUCACCUGAGGAUAUGUUUUUUAUUGCUUCUAGAGAGGGAGGGAGGGAGAGGGAGGAAGAGAUAGAGAGAAACAUCGCUUGCUUGCCUCAUGCAUGCACCCUGAUGGGGGGAAUUGAACCUGAAACCUGGGUAUGUGCCUUGACCGGGAAUUGAACCUGAGAUCCUUUGGUUCAUGGGAUGAUGCUCGAACCACUGAGAAACACCGGCCAGGGCCAGGCCCUUAUUUUUAAAGGGUUUUAGUGACUUGUAGUUUAGCGAACCAUAAAAUUCAGGAGUUGCAGGCCUAGUCGCUGGUCUGUUCUUCCCGGCGGUUUCAAGGGCACACAUUCUCUUCUGUCACAACACACCCAAGCCACUGAUUUUGCCGGAGUUCGAAUUUAUUUUAUUUGUUAUUAUUUUUAUGAAUGGGGAGCUAAGUCCUUGAUUAGUAUGCAAAGGAAUAUUUGAUCAGAUUAUGAUAAACUGAUUUUGUAAAUGGUGUCCAAAAUAGCUGAAAUUCAAUACAUGUGUACGUUCUUUUAUAAUGUGAGUUGGUUAAAAAUCAUUCAAUAAAAAAUUUAAAAAGUAAAUUAGUUAUAA